AUGGCGUGGAUCGCCGAAGCCUUCGCCGGCGACGCCGAAGCCCUCGCCCUCUCCCGCGCGCUCCCCGCGUCCCUAUCCUCCGGAUCCUCGCCUUCCUCCGCCGCCCUCCUCCGGCGGAACCGCAGCGCGCCCGCCUCGGGGAGAAUCGCCAAGGCCAAGAGGAAGCCGCGCGGAGGGGCCGCGGCGAACCGAUCGCCGGUCACCUACAUCAUCGCUGACCCCGCCAACUUCCUGGAAAUGGUGCAGCGUGUCACCGGCGCCGAGGGGCUCGAGCCGUCCGCUUCGCCGGCGCCCGUGCCGCCGCGGCAGCAAAUCCGACUGCCGACGCUCGACACGUCGGAGCUGUUCCUGGGUCAGCUCGACGGGGGAGCGUUCGGGCUGCCGACGGUGUCGUCGAACUUCGACUCGCUGUUUCCGGUUUUCCCGAUGCCCGAGUCUUGGAGUGUUAUGUGA